GAAGCGGUAUGUGUAUGCAGUAUAGAACUGUAUAGCAAUGCCCGGCACACGAUCGAAGUGGUGAGUAAUAACAUUGUGAAAUGCAUCAUCCAAACGACGGUAUGAUCGAAACAUAUAAACCUGAAGCAUGAUUACUACCAAGCUCAGUAUUUUAGUUAGUGCUAUCGGAAGAACUAUCAUUUCUACAUGGAAGCUGAAGAAGCUUUGUUCGGGUUUGGAUUGUUUGACGACUUUCCCGAGGGAGAAUUACACCCUUUGCAGAUCGAUGUUUUCGAAGAUGAAAACGAAAAUUCCAAUCAACGGACAAAAAUCAACAUUUAUCGCCCUGUGAAGGAAGGCACUGAGCUACAUCGAGCCAUUCGUAGUGGUAGACAGGUGCGAAUAGAUGCCCUUCUGGAUACGUAUCAAUUGGAUUUUAUGAAAAUUAAAGAUUAUCUAGUGCUCAAAUACCAAUGGGACCCAGAAGAUCAUAUAUGGUUAAGGAAGGUGAACUUGGUUGCCGUCAACGAAGAUCAAUGCAGAAGUGUCAAGGAUUUGGAACGCAAUCGUGAAGCUGAUGGUCGAGUUAGUUUGGAGCGAUCUAUGUUUGUUCUUCUACAAACUCCAGUAGAUGGUGAAGAAGUGGCAGUACUGCAUCCGGAGUAUUAUGAUAAUUUGGAACUGUUCAAAGCUUUAUGGAAACUAUUCCCAAAUGGGUACCUCUCGUGGGACAACUUCAUGGAAGAUCACGGUAGAUGGGAGACUUUUAUUGAAGCAGCAGCUGGUUGUGGUAAUAACUAUACCAUAAAGCGAUUACUUUCGAUGGGCGCACAACUUUGUCUCCCACAACACAAUCCUUUGUUAUCUGCUUGCUCAUCGCUUCGGAAAGAUACGAUACGCUUCUUGCUGGAUAAUUAUUUCGAUGAUUUCGAUUUCACUCAACGCAAAAACUUCAUGAAUGCUUUCAUAAUUCUUAUACAGCGAAACAAUAUUGAACUUCUGGAUUACGUUUUAGAAAAGAUGAUCCAAUACCGAGGAAAGUAUUACGGUGAGAGUAAAUCGCAAGCUUUCAACAGUAUUUUCCGUUUUGAGGAUGACGAUUGCCCUUAUUUUUCAACUCUGACAUACUUGAGACCUGGGAAAGUUCAAAAGAGAAUUGAGGAGUACAUUGUAGAGUUUGAGCUUGAUCUGUCGUACCGUAGGGAGAAUGCCUCUAUAGUUUUAGCACAGCUUUUGCGGAAAAAGCUAGCAUUGGAAUACUGUAGAGCUCAAAUUCGACGAAAUCCCGAACUGUUGGGAAUGAUGCGACAUGAUGGCAAUGGCCCAACGAUCUUACACGAAUGUAUAAGCUGCGAUGAACUGGAGCUUCUGAACGAUAUGUAUAUGAUUCAUCCAGAAGUUAAGCAGAACUUCAAUCAUGAGUAUGGAUUUAUACUGUUUCGAGAGGCUUUAGACAAUCAUCGUAAUGAUAGAGUGCAAUUCAUGCUUAAAUACCAUAAGGAUUUUUUGUGGAGCAACAUGGAACGUCUCCAGAUAGUUAUAUUUAACAGAAACAACAUUGAAGCCUUUUAUGAGUGGAAUGAAACAAUCCUUUCAGAACAUCUUCCCGAACUCAAAGGACAAAUCGAAGAUGCCAUCGUGACAGCUCACGAGCUUCAAAUCGUCAAUGAUCUGGAAAAGGAAUUCAAAGAAAUCACGGAAAAAAUAAAAGGAAAUCUCCAGAAUGUUUCCCAGUACCAACACAUAUUAAGCAGUAUCCGAGGUCCUUCAGGGGAGUCUGCAUUGCACUUUGCUGUAGAAAACGACAACCUUCAAUUGUUCGAAAAACUCAUACAAGUUGAAUGCGAUCUGAAUGUUUCGGAUAACGAAGGAAACCAUCCCAUACAUUACGUGCGAAGCGUUGAUAUGCUCAACCUUAUCAUUGAAAGCCAUCCGCAAGGACGGUCCCUCGUCAAUCGCGUGAAUUCCGCUGGAUGGUCUGUGCUUCAAAAGGUCUGUUCUCACUAUGCAACAUCUACAAAUACUUUGAUACAACUAGUGGGCACUUUAAUCGAAUACGGAGCGGAUGUGAACCACCUAACGAAAAGUGGAGAAACAGCAGCUUUCAUGACAUGGAGUGUUCCUGUACUUGAAAUGCUUAUGAACCACGGUAUCAAUCUGAACGUUGUCAAUGAUUCAGGAGAAACUGCUGUUUUGCGACAUCUUUGGUACCAAAAUACGUGGGUUGCUCGAAUAUUGCUGCCACUUGCGUGGGACCAUCCUUCGUUCGAAGAGAAUGCUCAUAAAUAUUUGGCUCCACUACUGAAAACCAAGCGGUAUGCCUUCGAUUACUACCGUUCGCUGCUGGACGACAAUCCGGAUAAGACGAAGAAAAUGCUUGAUGCCGUUUAUCAACGUUCGCCCGAAGAGGCCUCACGUUUGUUCGCCAGUGCAUGCGAUAGAACGCGUCUGUUUUACGUGCAGAAAUUUUUGGAGUACAACUAUGAGUUGGACUUCAACUACAGGGAUCAGUAUGGCUACACACCGAUAAUGGGAUUGCUCAAUUUUAACAAAGAACGUCCCGGAGACCUCAUUCGACAGCUUUUGGAAAAGAAUGUCGAUCUGGAAAUUCGUAACCAAUGGAAUCAAACGCCUUUGCUCAUCAUUGCAAGUAGAUUUGCCUCAGCUCGACGGUACGACCAGGGCAUCAGUACAGUUGAGUUGUUGCUGCAGCAUGGAGCACAGAUCAAUGAAGUGGAUGAGAGUGGCAAUACGGCAUUGCAUCUGGCAUUCAAAAGCAGUGAGUGGGAACUCGUUGAAUUGCUUAUUCAAAAUGGAGCCGAUUUGACUACGACGAAUAAUGAUGGAAAAAGGCCAUGGGAGUCGGGACCUUGUGCAAUCAGGGAUAUCUUCAGGUUGAUUUGGUCCAGUAACAAUGCUAACGUUGGGUUCUAAAACUU